GUUUAGCAAAUGAUCAACUGCUUGCGUCGUUUUGUUCUGACGUCCCUUUUUUACAGAAAUAAAAAAUCCGGGAUUUAACAGCAAUAAAUUAUGAGAAUAUCGGCAAGUGCUUAUUGAAUAUAGGAUAGUUGUUUGUUUAGGAUGGGUGAUAGCGGUACUGCUAAAAGUGCAACGGGCCAAAAUGAACCUGUAAUGAAAGGAUGGUUAUUCAAAUGGACUAAUUACCUUAAAGGCUACCAAAGACGUUGGUUUGUACUGCAAAAUGGGCACCUCUCCUAUUACAGGGUGGAAAACAAUGGAGCUGUGUCCACACUAUCUAUUAGAAGAAGGCGCAAAUUUAGAUCUGGGAACCAGGCUGAAAUGGCACACACCUGCCGUGGAAGCAUCUCCCUACAUGGCGCUCUCAUAUACACGGUGGACGCCACAACUUUCGUCAUAUCUAAUGGGGGCACGCAGACCUUUCACAUACGCGCUGCUUCUGAGGUGGAGAGACAGUCCUGGGUCACAGCUCUGGAACUGGCCAAGGCCAAAGCCAUGUUGAAACCGUAUAUAUCUUGGAACCAGUUGAUGAAUAUGAAAAAUGUUAGAAGAAACAUGGAGUCCGAAGACGACGAAGAACAAGAGGUCGAUGGUUCGGGUAACCCCGAAGAAUGGUCUUCGGUCAUCCGGAAGCUGGAGGCUCAGCUGAACGAUCUGGAGACCUGCAGCGAGCUGAUCCAGAAACACUGGAAGUCCCUCUGCAAGCCGCUCAACGAACUGGAGUCCAACAAUGGGGACAUCGAGAUGUGUCAGGGUAAAACCAAGGAGGUGGGGGAGAGGGCCACCUUGUUCAGGAUCUCCACCAAUGCCAUGAUAAACGCCUGUAUGGAAUAUUUGAAAACCUGUCAGACUCACGGUAACAAAUGGAUACGUUUGCUGGAGCACGAAAGGGAGCAGAGAAUGAGGCUUCAGGAGAUGGUGGAGACCCUUGCUCAGCAGCAUUCUAAUUUAGAACAAGCGGCCAAUGCUCAUUCCCACAAACCGAUGAACUCAGGCGAGGCUGACGAAGAGGACGAGCACGAGUUCUACGAUGCAAUAAACGAGAAUCCGGGCAGUCCAGGAAGCACGGGUGAUAAUUGUUUAACGUUCAACAUACCGACUGGUAACACGCACAGGAGGCACAGUUCCGGGAGCUCCAGCGAAGUUGAUGAGGCGCAGGAAACGAAACAUGUUGUUGUAGUGACCGAAAAAGCCAGAAAAAUUACCCAUCCCGAACAGCCGGCGAACAGCAUGUUGGCCAAAACGUCGGACAGCUCGAGAAAGAGGAGAAACAGAAUUCCGGACAAACCGAACUAUCCCCUGAACCUGUGGGGCAUCAUGAAGAACUGCAUAGGGAAAGAUCUGUCCAAAAUACCGAUGCCGGUAAAUUUCAGCGAGCCGCUGUCGAUGCUGCAACGGCUUACUGAGGAUUACGAGUAUGCCGAUAUCCUAGAUGUAGCUGCCAAGUGUACCGAUCCAUGCGAACAGCUUGCCUACGUAGCUGCCUUUACAAUUUCCGCAUAUUCUACAACGGCCAUCAGAGCGGCCAAGCCAUUUAAUCCAUUACUAGGAGAAACGUACGAGUUUGACAGAACGGAAGAUUUAGGUUGGAAAGUUAUAAACGAGCAGGUGUCCCAUCAUCCACCGAUGGUGGCCCAGUUCUGCGAGGGCAAAGAUUGGACCUGCUGGCAGGAAUUCACGAUGACGUCGAAGUUCAGGGGCAAAUAUCUACAGGCAAGUGAUAUUAUACCUCUGGGGAGCGCUGUUUGCGAAUUUAAGGAAUCCAAGAAUAAAUUUUCCUGGAGAAAAGUCACCACCACCGUUCAUAACAUUAUCGUGGGAAAAUUAUGGGUCGACCAGCACGGUGAUAUGGAAAUAAUAGGAAGGGGAAAUGCCGAAGGCAUCAAAUGCCACCUGAAAUUCAUACCGUACUCCUACUUCGGUAGAGAUUCCCAGAGAAGGGUCAAAGGAGUCGUCAUGGACGCCCAAAACAACGUCAAAUGGGCCAUAGACGGCACCUGGGACGAUCAGGUGGAGGUCUCGCCGGUCAUAAGCGACGUGGGCACCCCCUCCAACCCCGUGUACAAGACGGGGCCCGCGGUGCUGGCGUGGAAACGCACCCCCAUCGACCCCGAGGCGGAGAACUACUACAAUCUGAGCGUGUUCGCGUGUCAGCUGAACGAGAUGGAAGAGGGCGUGGCCCCCACGGAUUCCCGCCUACGGCCCGACCAGCGAUUGAUGGAGAUGGGCAAGUGGGACGAGGCCAACGAGGAAAAGCUGAGGCUGGAGGAGAAACAGCGAGCCGUCAGGCGCAAGAGGGAGUCCGAGGUGGAGAAGGCUGCUAGCGAAGGUCGUUCGUUGGAAGGUUACAAACCCUUGUGGUUCGAGCAGAAAGAAGAUCCAGAUACAGGCACCAUAAUGCACGUUUACAAGGGGAACUACUGGGAGUGCAAGCAGAAACAGGAUUGGUCCAUGUGUCCCGACAUCUUCUAGAUCGAUGCCGAGGGAAGGGUCGAAGAUCAUAGUUAAUUUUCCUCUUUCGGAGUACCACAUCUGCAGUUUGCACAUAUUGUCACCCGUUUUGAAAAAAAAGUAUACAAACCAUAAGUUUAAGCUUUCAAAAGUUACCGAUUAGUCACCAUAACCAGUUGAAAUUUUUGUAAUUUGUAUUUGUCAUCGAUUGGAUUGGUCGGAAUGACGAUGAUGUUGAACACCUGUGUUAUUUGAGAGAACAUUUGUGAUAGUAUGUAAAUAAUUGAGAGUCCUAUCUAUUAUCGUACUUUUCUUUGCUGUGAAACUUUUUAAACCACUUAUCGGAGUAAAUUAUUACAGUGAAACUCUAAAUUAUCGAUUGUUGUUGUAUAUAUUGUACGAUUCAGAUAAUGUAAAGCUUCUUGCUAGGUUCAAUGAAUAAUUUUUUAAUAUAUCAGUUAAAUCA